GGAGUACAGCAGGUACGAGUUUUCUUGGAAUCAUGCAUACGCUUCCCAAAAGUAUUUAAUUUCGUUAUUUCAUUAAUUAGGCUGCUGUUUCCGUUGCUUCACAUAAUAUGGUCUUAUUUUCAGACACCUUGCAGAUAUGAGCAGUAGCAAAGUAGCUCUGGUCACUGGUGCAAAUAAAGGCAUUGGGUUCGCAGUAGUGCGGUCACUGUGCAAAGAGUACUCCGGGGACGUGUACCUGACAGCCCGGGAUGUCGGUCGAGGAACCGCAGCAGUGAAAAGUCUGAAGAAGGAGGGCUUGACAGCGCUCUUCCACCAGCUGGACAUCACCGACCCCCACAGCGUCCGCACCGCACGGGACUUCUUCACGGAGGAGUACGGCGGCCUGGACGUGCUCGUCAACAACGCUGGCAUCGCCUUCAAAGUGGCAGACACAACCCCCUUUGGGAUCCAAGCAGAUGUGACACUGAAGACUAAUUUCUUUGCAACUAGAGAUAUGUGCAAUAUGUUUUUGCCGAUAAUCAAACCAGGAGGUCGGAUAGUAAAUGUGUCCAGCGAAAUGGGCUCGGUGGCUUUAAGCCGCUGUAGUUCAGAACUCCAGGCCCGUUUCCGAAGCGAUGACAUUACAGAAGAAGAGCUAGUUGGGCUGAUGGAGCGUUUUGUCCGUGAAGCUCAGGAAGGGGUCUACUCUGAGCGAGGUUGGCCUAGCACUGCAUAUGGGGUCUCCAAAACUGGCCUCACCACCCUGACUAGAAUCCUGGCACGAAAUCUGCUGAAAGAGCGGCCUGGAGAUGAGAUCCUCUGCAAUGCCUGCUGUCCAGGAUGGGUCAGGACUGACAUGGCUGGACCAAAUGCAACCAAGUCACCAGAUGAGGGCGCCGUCACUCCAGUGUACUUGGCAUUACUGCCUGCGGGGGCUAAAGAGCCCCGUGGGCAGUUUGUUUCAGAGAAGAAAGUGCAGCCAUGGUGAGAGCUAGAAAGAGUAAUCAUGUAUGUUUGUGUUGCAAAGCUGGAGUCAAGUUCAGACACACCCAGAGUGACCCAUCAGUAUUUAGAAAGGCUAUUUCUAGAAAGUUUUGGGCUGAACUCAGACUGAACCCUUGACAGAAGACUUCAGGUACUCCAAAAAGUAACUGUAUGCAUUGUGUACUUUAUUAUUGUAAAUACAUUCAAAAAGCUUUAAAAUCUGAUCAAGGUUUGGUGAAAAGACAAAUUGAGUAUCAUUAUCUAAAAGUUCAAGUUAACAACCAAAAUGUUGUGCUUAAAGAGCCAUUUAGCAGGAUUUAUAUUGUCUUAAAGGAACAGUUCACCAAAAAAAUGAAAAAUUGCAGAAAAUGUUCUCAACCUCAGGUCAUCCAAGUUGUAGACCAGUUGGUUUCUUUGUUGGAACAGAUUUGGAGAAAUUUAGUAUUACAUCACUUGUUCACCAAUGGUUUCUCUACAGUGAAUGGGUGCCGUCAGAACAAGAGUCCAACGGCAUUGUUUAUUACAAAUAUAUAGAUAUUAAUUUUACAAAAUGUUAAUUGAUGGAUUGGAGUGAUGUGGAUUGUUUGAAGAUUAUUAUGUUUUUAUCAGCUAUUUGGACUCUUAUUCUGACGGCACCCAUUCACUGUAGAGGAUCCAUUGGUGAGCAAGUGAUGUAAUGCAAAAUUUCUCUGAAUCUGUUCCAAUGAAGAACCCAACUCAUCUUCAUUUUGGACGGCCUGAGGAUGAGUACAUCUCUAGCAAAAUGUAUACAUUUGUGAACUCUCCCUUUAAGAUUAAGACCUAUAGUUUAGAACUCCAGCUUCUGUUUGUAUUAAACGUUUGAAAAUGCGAAAAACACAAAUAAAAUCUUUAAGUACAUCAAUGAAUCCUAAACUAAUAAUUAAAGUUACACACUGGAUUGUAACAGUCAUCUUGUUAGGUUGUACCUAUAAAUUAUACUCAUAAAGUUUUCAUUAAUCUGGAAAAUAAAACUGAAUUACAAAAAUGAAAUUCUAUGACAUUUCUCA